AUCUUUUAUUAUUGAUUGUUAAGGUCUGUAAUGGGGUGGGCGGGGGAGGGGAGGGGGUAGCCCUAAAAACUCGAACUUAAAAUUUACACUCACUAUUUUCUUCGAAAAUAUAUGUGAGUUCCACAAAAUGUUCAUGUAUUACUUGAAUAUAUCAUAGUAAGAAUUUUCGAUAGUAAAAGAUCUUCUGAUAUUGAAAAAUAAUUUUAGAAAAGUGAUUUUAUUGUUCGACGUGCAGCUAUUCAGUUCCUAACUGCAAUUACCACCAAUUGUAUGGAAAAAUUACAAAAUAUUAUUUUUGAAAAUCCAUCUGGUAUUUCAAAAUUAGUUUAUAUUUUAAAAGACAAACAUGAAGAUCUUGUACUUGAUGAAUUACGUCUUUUGCAAAUCUUAACUCGUAAUCGUCGUCCUAUACAAGUAUCAAUUGUACGUCAAAAAGGUUUUAAACGUUUAUUUGAUAUAUUUGAUAGAAAAGAUUAUGAUGAUGAAAGUGUUACUGUUAAAGAAUGUUUAUCUGUUUUAUUAAAUCUAUUACAAGAUAAUACAAUAAAUCAAAAUUAUUUUAAAGAACAUCCAAUUCAAGAACUACCUUAUCUAAAACGUUUAAAUAAAUUAUUCAAGAUCGAUUUUAUUCAUGAUGAAUACUGGUCACCACAAAAGAUGGAAAAUAUUCAUCUGUUAUUACAAAUUAUUCAAACACUAACAUCACCAACAAAUUCUAAACAUAAUAUUAUUGAUUAUCAACGUGCAAUUAGGCAAUAUGUUAUUAAUCGAAAAUCCGCUAAACAUCAAUAA